AAAUAAAGCCUGGGAAACGACCGCUUCUUCACCGCCGGGGCUGGUUUUCGAGAGGUGGGAGUCGGUGGAUUAAAAAAAAAGAAGAAGAAGAACCAAUAAACGCUGAACGUGAAGCAUGAGAGUGGGGCGGACCAAGACGCUGGUUAAAGAAUAUCCUUCUGAGCUGUCUUGAUUUACGCCAUACACCACUGGACUUACAGGAAACAUACCGCUUUCAUCAGAUGUCUGCAAGUGCACUAGAAGAGCUCACAGAUACAACACCGCAGAGAGCUGAUCUGAGAGGUUCUCCGGGUGAUCCUAGAACUCUUGACCCCUUAAGCUGUAGUCCUUUGAGGAGGUGAACACCUGUACAGAGGGUCACCACCCCCAGGGAAUGAUUGAAGACCGUGGGAGAAGAGAGGAUACCAUGGCAGAACGAAGACAGCUAUUUGUAGAAAUGAGAGCCCAAGAUCUGGAUCGCAUUCGACUGUCUACCUACAGGACAGCCUGCAAACUCAGAUUUGUACAGAAGAAAUGCAACUUGCAUCUAGUUGACAUCUGGAAUAUUAUAGAAGCUUUCCGUGAAAAUGGUUUGAACACGAUGGACCCCAACACCGAGUUCAGCAUCGCUCGCCUGGAAGCAAUACUGUCCACCAUCUUCUACCAGCUUAACAAACGCAUGCCAACCACCUACCAGAUCAAUGUUGAGCAGUCCAUCAGCUUAUUACUUAACUUCCUACUAGCAGCCUAUGACCCGGAAGGUCUUGGAAAAAUCUCAGUCUUUGUUGUCAAAAUGGCCUUAGCUACAAUAUGUGGUGGAAAAAUUUUAGAUAAAUUAAGAUAUAUUUUUUCACAGAUUUCUGAUUCCAGUGGCAUCAUGAUAUAUUCAAAAUUUGACCUGUUUUUGAGGGAAGUACUACGACUGCCAACCACUGUUUUCGAAGGCCCUUCCUUUGGCUACACUGAACAGGCUUCCAGAUCUUGCUUCACACAGCAGAAGAAAAUUACCCUCAAUAUAUUCUUGGAUACCCUGAUGUCAGACCCCCCUCCUCAGUGUUUGGUGUGGUUACCAUUGAUGCAUCGGUUAGCAAAUGUAGAGAAUGUUUUUCACCCAGUUGAGUGCUCAUAUUGCCACAGCGAGAGUAUGAUGGGAUUUCGGUAUCGCUGCCAGCAGUGUCAUAAUUACCAGCUCUGUCAAGAUUGUUUCUGGAGGGGACAUGCUAGUGGUUCCCAUAGCAACCAGCACCAAAUGAAGGAAUACACGUCAUGGAAAUCUCCUGCUAAGAAGUUAACUAAUGCACUUAGCAAGUCCUUAAGCUGUGCUUCCAGUCGUGAGCCUUUGCAUCCCAUGUUCCCUGACCAGCCUGAGAAACCUCUAAACCUGGCCCACAUUGUGCCACCAAGACCUGUAAACAGCCUGAAUGACACAAUGUUCUCUCAUUCGGUGCCCACCUCAGGAAGUCCCUUCACAAAUAAAAGGUCAGAGGCACAUCCACCUAAUCCGGUGGUCAUGGAUGAUGAUGAGCAUGCUCUAAUAAACCUGUAUGUAAGUCAGCUGAACUGCACACAACGCUUGCCUCUCACCAAAAGUGAAGUAGAACAGAGCAAACAUUUCUCUAGUGCCACCGUCUCUUUGUUGAAAGGGAAGGGGUUAAACUACAGCCUAGAUGUUGCCAAUAGACUUGCUGACGAACAUGUUCUCAUCGGGCUGUAUGUCAAUCUUCUACAAAACAACCCCACACGCAUGCUGGAUAGCACCAGCCGUUUGGAUGAAGAGCACCGUCUCAUCGCACGUUAUGCAGCAAGGCUGGCAGCAGAUGCAGCUUCCACGCAACAAGCACAGCAGCAGAGGGCCGCUUCUGAUAUUGCCUUUAGCCUUGAUGCAAACAAGCAGCAGCGACAGCUCAUUGCAGAACUGGAGAACAAAAAUCGAGAAAUCCUUCAAGAGAUUCAGCGACUGCGACUGGAACAUGAACAGGCGUCCCAGCCUCCUCCUGAAAAGGCACAGCAGAAUCCCACUCUCCUAGCAGAACUUCGACUUCUCAGGCAACGCAAAGAUGAGCUUGAGCAGAGAAUGUCUGCUCUCCAGGAGAGCCGCCGGGAGCUUAUGGUUCAACUUGAAGGACUUAUGAAGCUGCUAAAGGAAGAAGAGAUGAGACAAGCUACUCAAGGGGCAGGCUCCCCUCGCUCAUCGCCUAGCCAUACGAUCAGCCGGCCCAUCCCCAUGCCAGUUCGCUCCGCAUCGGCCUGCUCAACUCCAACCCACACACCUCAGGACUCUCUCACCGGCGUUGGAGGGGAUGUUCAGGAAGCCUUUGCUCUGGGCGCUCGACGAAACUUAAGAAAUGAUUUGUUAGUGGCAGCUGAUUCCAUUACAAACACCAUGUCCUCCCUUGUGAAAGAGCUAAACUCAGAAGCUGGCAGUGAGACGGAGAGCAAUGUUGACUCAGACUUCAGCAGAGUCCAAUUUGAUGAUUUGGUGCCAUCCCCAACCUCAGAAAAAGCUUUCCUUGCACAGAUUAAUGCCAGAAAACCAGGGUAUCUUCACAGCUCCUUGGCCACAGGUGCCAUCCGUGGCGACAUUAGCACAGAAGAUGGUGAGUCCUUCGUGAGAACAGAUGAUGACGGCUAUGAGAAUGACUCUGUUCGCCAGCUUGAGAAUGAGCUAAAGAUGGAGGAAUACCUCAAACAAAGCCAGCAAGAGAAAGCCUACAUGGUGAGCCACGGCCAAACAGACGACGAGAGCUACGCGAGAACCGACGAUGAUGACAGCUGCGUCCGGACGGACGAUGAGGAAGGCCUACUGGUCCAAAAUGAAGAAUGGAAUGAACAUAUGAAACGUCUCAUGAAAAAAAAAAAAUCCUGCAGCCAUCCUGAGAAUGAGAGUUUUGUAACUGUUUGAAGAUUGUAGUUAAAUGUGUGUUUUAUGAUUUACAUGCUCAUUUUUUGUUUGAAGGUUUUUUUUUUCUAAACAGCAGCAUAUUCAUUUUAUUGGAACUAACAGGGCUGACCAAACCAGUGCCAGUCAGGCUGCUGAUGUGCAUUGCACACCAAUGUGUGAUUAACGUUCGUAGUAAUGAUGAUGACAUUUAAACUAGCAGAGUUUCAUUUUUAUCGUUGAUGUUGAUUAUGUAGGAUUUUGGUUAUUGCUUUAUCUUUUUUUGUGGUAAAACUCACCCAAAAGAUGGGUUAUAAACAUGAUCAUGAAUUUUAAAGAACGAGUAAAACAGCAUACAUCAGCAGAAAAAAAAAAAGUUUCAUUUGGCUUGCGUGGAUUCAUUGACACGGAGAGCGAUUUUGUGCUUUUUCACCGUUUUGUUCAUUUGUGAUGAAGUCAGCCAUAUGUAAUUCAUAUUUCCAUCAGUGGGUCCUUUUACCUGUUCCCUAGAAUGAAUCCACAUCUUACAUACGGUAUAUACAUGUAUAAUUCACUUGUAGCCACAUAAACACGUAUGUAUAUUACGUACAUUUUGUGAUUUUCAUAUUUCUUUGGAAAAACUCAACCGAACUGAGAAACCUUUCACAGAGUCGAGCCUUUCUACUUACAUACACCACAGGUGCCAUACAAAUGGAGUCACUACAGAAGCUAUUUUUAAUCCUCCAUUAUCUGUCACAUGAUCUUUGUUUGUUCCUCUUAAGAAAGCAUGGAUAUGUUGGAAUGAAGUGAAUGGUUGUGUUUUGUUGUGUCAAGACCUUUGGCUAACUGUUCUCAUGCCAUUUAGACGUGAGCUUACGAAUCCGCCAUUCCCAUACCACUUUGAUUUAUUUGGUGUGUUCUCUGUCAGACUGGCAACUUGUGCACUGCAUGUGAGAAACCCGAGAGGUUGAGUGAAAGGCUUGUGUAGGUGAAAAGACUUUUAUCAGGCAGCAUUUACUGAGCAGUUAGGAACGUUGAGAUGAAGUGGCAGGGAGGAGAAGGGUGGCCUGCUGCCAUUUUAGGGAAUUUACUUUGGAUUUUUAAUUUUGCUGGGCUUUUUUUAUCAUCAUGUGGUUUGUCUGUCGGUGUGAGUGGCACACUUACAAUGAGAUUGUAAGAUUGUACUGAGUGUCCAAUUCUGUUUGUCAGCACUGUGGUGAGACAAUAUAUUCUAAAUAAAACCCAGACAAAAGAUCUUUUUAUCAUUGAUCUUUGGAGGCACUAAAGAGGCACACAAAGACAUGAAGCGUAGAAUGACGUACUUUUUAUCCUCAUGUCACUUUAUUUAAGAACGCACUCUGUUAUUUUGACUUGCAUUAGUCGAGGAAGUGAAUGUGAGAUGCAGGAGCUUCAGGAGAAAGCAGGUGUGCUGAAAAAGUGCAGAAGAACAUAAAUGGCGAAGGUGACACAGUUUACAAAGCAACCCUAAAGAAGAGGAGAAGAAGAGCCUUCAUCUCCAGCUGUACCUGCUGCUUCUCCAGCGCUGCUUUAGGGGGUUGAGGCUUUGGAGAAAGGCCAGCGAGGGUCUCACUACCUGUACAAUGCUGACCUCUGCUGGAAACUAUUGCAUCAGUGCCGCUGGGUUUUUUUUCCCAGUUUAAAAUUGUCCAUUCAAUUUUAUAUGAUAAGCUUGCAGAUUGAGUAGGAGUUUGUCAUCUUUAACUUUGACGUGUCUGAAAGGGCGAAUUAUAACCACACGUUUUUGUUGCCUUGGUUUUGUUUAGGCCCCUGGGUUUAGAGCCUCGUAAUUAAACCACACGGGCUCCAGUGCAUCUCUUAGGCCCAAUUAAGCGAAUGAAGUGCACCUCGUAGUCAAGUGAAGACAAACCAAUGUGAGUAACCCAACUGGGACAGAGCUGUUGUUAUGAUGUCCCCCGUGACACCACUAGAUUAGCUCUGCGAAAUUAGAUGGGCAUUUCUGCAAGGGUCUACAAUAAGUAAUUUAAGCAGCUGUUGUCCUCAUUCAGAAAGGAGAAAGUCUGCAUCAGGCAUACAAUUGGGACAACCUUCAGAGGCAGAACACACAAGAAACAGAAGUCUGCUAACUUUAGAGCUUCAGAAGUGUCCCAGAUUAUAAGAAUACAAUCGCGCUAAUUGUGCAGAACAGGAGCUUUAAUUGAAGGGCUAAAGAGUGGUGUUCAGAACAACUAGGAUACGUUUAGGACUGAAACGGUAGAAGGAGAAGUCACCCUGAUCUAACUGGGUUAUCGCUUUAUUGUUGUAAAUAAACAUGGUAAAGGCACAGUGUCAUUGCUGGGGUGCUUCGGGCUGUCGGACCCGAACAGCUGGAAGACAUCUGUGUGCAGAAUUGAUCCAUCCCAUUGAUGGAGGGCAAGAAAGACUCUCAUAGUACAGGCAAUAUUCUGGGCUGGCAAACCCUGCCAGUGAUGUGAACACUGUGAAGAUUUGUCCGUCCAUCGAUACUCUCCUGGCCAUACGUGACUCGCCUUCCACCUCCUGCUCGCCCACGUGACAUAUGCAAGUGCAGUGUGGACAAGCGUUUCACCGAGACCUAACGCAAGUGCCAUUUGCUUUAAUUUCAUUCAGAUAAACAAAAAGUGUGGGGUGUGUGGGCCACUAAAGUUUGACGUUAAGAAGAAACCCCGUUGAAUGGGCUACAGCUGUUGAAAACCUAAAAGCAGAGUUCAUAUAAGCCAGCAGACAAGCACAUUCGUCAGUUUAAAACUUAACUGAUCGUUAGAAUUUUUGAGUCAUGAACAACUGAGCUAACUAAAGUCUGCACUGAGGCACAAUAACAGACGUGAAUCAAAGCCAAGGUUCAAAUUAUGGAGCCAAAAAACAAUCCAAACAUAUCAAAAACAUGCGGGGUGGCGUGCUUAGUGAAUGUGAACAGGGACGGCUUGUUUCGCUGGACCUUCCACCCGGCCCUAAUACUAACUCAACUACAAAAUGGCAGUGUCUGCCACCCAAUCCAAUCGGCCACUCGUGUAAAAAUCCAGCAGAUCUUGACUGAAACACUUAGCUGCUCGAAAGAUGCUUAAUGCUGUUUACUGUAUAAUAAAUAAAGGAAAAGAGUAUUUGUAUGGGAAACUGUUGUCUGCACAUGUCAGUGUGAUCUUUGUUGAAAAAAAAAAAUAAUAAGUAUUUUCAUAUUGCAUGAAACACAGAAAUGUCUUUGUAAGCACAGACUUGCGCCCAUUCUCAGGGCAGGAAGACCCCUCAGGGCUUUGAAGGCAGGGCGGCUGUGGCUGCCUGUUAUAAAUUCAGCGCCAGUGUUUGGCCAUUUUGGGUGAUGCACUGUCCUGGUCUGAGGAGUGCAGUGCAGUAUAAUAAUAAACAUAAUAAUAAUUACUAAGAAGAAACAAAAUGCUCAUUUCAUGUGUUUUCUGCCAUUUCCGUUAGAUCACCACUUUAGUGUUGCCAUGUAAAUAAUGCAACUCCUGGUUGCUAAGUUAUAAAAAUAAUGAAAAAAAAUAUAUAUAUGUAUAAAUACAUUAUUAGUAAUAAAUGGUUCAAAUCAGCUGAAAGAGGCUGUAAAUAGAAACAAAUCUGCUGUGCCCUUUAUCGCUAAGGACACCGUAUUUUGAACCAAAAAUUGUAAAAAAAAAAAGUAAAAAGGUCAAGUCGCCAAGACUAACUGUAAGAAAAUGUUUUAUUGCUACUGCUGUACUUGACUGCGGUCCUAUUCUGAGUGUGGACGCACUAAAACAACGGAUUUCACAUCAUUCAUCGGUAUUGUAAUAGAACUACUGACGUCUGUUUUGUAUCGUUGCUGAGUAUCGUUUUUUGUGUGUUGGAAACCACUGGGAUAUGUUAUAUUUUGAAGUGAUUAAAAUAUUUAAGUGUGUGUCUGUAUUUUGGAAUGGAAUUCUUUCUCCAUUAAAGAGAUGAUUUUUUAAAAAA